AUGAGCAGAGCUAAUAAGUCGUUAACUAAAUAUAAGAUUGUGUUCUUGGGUGAACAAGGUGUCGGUAAAACUUCGCUAAUUACUAGAUUUAUGUACGAUACAUUUGAUGAUCAUUACCAGGCAACUAUUGGUAUUGAUUUUCUGUCGAAAACCAUGUAUCUAGAUGACAAGACUAUUAGACUUCAAUUGUGGGACACUGCUGGUCAAGAAAGAUUCAGAUCUUUGAUUCCUUCUUAUAUCCGAGACUCUAGGGUUGCGAUUGUUGUCUACGAUAUUACUAAGAAAAAGUCUUUUGAAUACAUUGAUAAAUGGAUUGAAGAUGUUAAAACGGAAAGAGGAAGUGAAAACGUCAUACUGUGCAUUGUUGGUAACAAGAGCGAUCUUUCUGAUGAGAGACAAGUUACUACGGAAGAAGGUGAAGCUAAAGCAAAAGAACUAGGUGCCACUAUCUUCAUGGAGACAUCAACGAAAGCUGGCCAUAAUGUUAAAAAUCUAUUCAAGAAAAUUGCAAAGUCUCUUCCUGAGUUUCAAAACUCUGAUUCCACUCCUUUAGAUGAUAAUAAUGAAAGCAACACUGCAAAUAAUAAAGCACAAGUAAUUGACAUAAGCUCUACUGAAAAUGAAAAUCAAGGGAAUUGUCAAUGUUAA